AUGUGGGAUCAAACAAGCACAAGUCAACAUCUUUCAGGUGUGUCAUCUUUGAGAAAAACGAAACCAUUCCUGACUGACUUCAAUAAAGAGUGGGUAAAAGCGAACGUCAAUAAUAAGAAUGCAACAACAGACUUUGAGCAAACCUUUACACAGCCAAUGGGUAUUGGUCAAAGUUUUACAUCUUGCGAUAUAGCAGCAGGGGCGGGUUGCAAAAGGGUGGAUUGUCUGUCAAUUGAGAAUCCGGGUCAGUCUAACACAGCCUGGAGUUACCUUGUUGUACUCUCCAUGGCGAAUUUCAAAGAGGUAGAUAUCUUUCCACUUAUCUAGAACUUCUCCAUCGCAACUAACUUAAAACAGUAUUUGAGUAAGCUUUUCUCUGCUGUAAACCUUGCUAGAGAGGAUUACAAUACUCUACAAGUAUCAACAAUGCAGAAGUUCUAUUCCAAUAACGAUGGCGCAAAUCUUGCGCUGAAGGAGAUACUGGCUGCAAUCGGGACAGCUGUGAUUUUGGCAGGCGUCGUCGCAGGCGGCCCUGUGGCAGGUGUCGCUACAAACAUAUUAACCGGAGCCAUUGGUAAUGGGAUAAUGGCAGUGCCUAAUAGUGACAGUAGCCUCGCACACAUAUCAAUUGAGGAAGGGUAUGGACUCCAGUAGUCUUAUUACGAACACUUCUUUUCUCUAACACGAUACAGGGCAGCAAGUGCUUUUAGUCGCUCAUACUCAGGCUUGCUGGUUAACGUCGAGGGCGAGUUCAAAUCUCAUGGACCUUACAGCACCAAUCUCAACCCCAAAUUUGAAGAGCUGCUAGCUAAAGGAGCUUGGUUGGAUUACAACCAAAUUCCCAUACUCAAUUCAGGUACAGGUCUACCAAAGUUCGAUUCGACUCAGCUCAGAAACUACUUCAAGAAAAUGCUCUUGAGUACUGUCAUCAAUCUUUCAUGGAAGCAGCAAAACGUGUAUAUCAUGUGCUUUCCAAUGACACAGCAAUAGUGUAAGCUUGAGAGGAUCUUUCAAUGCGGGAGGAGAAAUGCUGAUGGACUAGUCGACGAUACGAAGGUCAAAGCAGGAAAUAAUGACAGUCGCUUGAAACUUUACUAUGAAGACAUGGGAUGUUAUUUCCAAAGGUACGUGGAACCCUUUCCUCCUCACCAGGUUUCAGACAAAAGUUAAUCAACUUUCAAGUAUCGUGACAAAGAAAUCCGAUGUGCUUACAAUCCCUACCACCCAAAACCCACCAGGCUGGGGGUUCCUAGAUGGAAAAGACGAAUACCCCUUUACUACAUGGGAUGCUAUCAAGGGAAGUGUCGACGCGGGCCUUACUGGUGGCUACGCUUACAAGACCCGCUUCAAUAGCCCUCUAGACAAUUCCCGUCCUCAUCCGGAGUUAUUCAUUCCCAGUUUUGCCCACCUAGGACUCUGGAAUAUCCCCAUCUGUCGGCUUACAGAAGACCGGGAGAAGAAAAUGAAGCUCAAAGACAUGGUGGCACUGCUGAACGGGCCGGACGAACACAGCGAUUUUAGCUUUUGCCAUUGUACAGCAAGACCCGAUAAAAAUGGCGCCAAAAUCAGGAGGGUGUUAAAACUUGAUUUGAGCAAAGAGUGUAAGAAAAUCCCCGACUUUAGUGGUUGUCGUCGUAGUGUUGCGAGUCAGUCAGGCUCAGGCGAUGAAUCUGUAUUGGAGGAGAGAUGUACUGCGUAA